UUGGACAUCCACAAGGAAGUUGUCACCCGCUCAAGCCCUCCACCGAAGGAAGACUCCGAGGCCACCCUACAACACGUUGCCGACAAGGCGGUAGCAGCUUCUGUCAUUGAAACAUUUCAACACAUAGUAGAAGCCGGCGUAGAUCUGGGCUUCAUCACAACCGGAGAUGGAAUGCUUUUUCUCAAGAUCGGCUGGGACCGUCAUCCAAUGACUUUGCUCUACCACCUCGCCGAGCCCAAGUCAGAGGCUGAAGUACACCCAACCAGUAUCCCUACUGUUCAGCUGUAA